GUCAAUGGUGAAUUCUAUACUGUCGAGGAAGAGGAUGGUCGCUCUCCAUUCAAGGCGGUGCUCGAUGUUGGUCUAGCUCGUACCACUACCGGAUGCAAGGUCUUCGCAGUCAUGAAGGGCGUAGCCGAUGGUGGAAUCGAAGUUCCACAUAGGCGAAAGUACGAUGCUGAAGCCCACCGCGAUCGCAUCUUCGGCAAACACGUUGCAGAAUACAUGCGCUCACUGAAGGAAGAAGAUGAGGAUGCUUACAAGCGACAGUUCUCUCACUUCAUUGCCCAAGGCAUCACUGCCGACAAUCUGGAAGAGAUGUACAAGAACGGUCAUGCUGCCAUUCGUGAGAAUCCCGAUAGACGAACACAGCCUUCCAAGAAAGCUGGAGAGAAGAAGAGGUGGGGAGCCAAGAAGAUCACUUUGGAAAAGAGAAAGGAACGCAUUGAAGAGAAGAAAGCCCUAUUGCUGCAGUUGAAAGCACAACAGGAAGCGAUGUAA